AUGGAAGGGGCGGGGAGCGGCGGGAAGAUGGGAGGAGGAGAGGGGAUGGCCGGCCGUGCCGGUGCCGGUGCUGCGUGGGCGGCCAAGGAGAAGACCGGCUUCGCCGCCACCUGCAGCCUCCUGAGCCGCUACAUGAAGGAGAAGAAGGGCGGCGCACUGCAGGGCCUCGUCGGCCUCGACAUGUCGCCGCCGGCUGCCGUCGUCGAUGAAGGAGGAGCUUUCCAGCCGCCCACCACCAUGAACCUGCUUUCGGGGCUAGAGGAGCCAAACGCCGCGCACGUGGAGCUCCCCCUCGAGAAAUCUAGUGUUGGCCAGUUUCUCAAGGCCACAACUGACAACCAAGAUGCCAGAGAGGAUGCGCACCAGCUCACCAUCUUCUACGGUGGAAAAGUGGUCGUGGUUGACAACUUCCCGUCCACCAAGGUCAAGGAUUUGCUGCAGAUGGCCGACGGCGCCGGAGACAAGGCCGGGAGCAGCAGCCUCGUUCAGCAGAGCCCUCCCCAGCCUUCACAGAACACUCUCCCUGAUCUGCCAAUAGCGAGGAGGAACUCACUCCAUAGGUUUCUCGAGAAAAGAAAGGGCAGGAUAGUGGCGAAGGCGCCUUACCAAAUUAACAGCGCAUCGGCGGCUCCGUCCAAGCAAGCUAAUGGUGACAACUCCUGGCUCGGGCUAGGCCAAGAAGUGACAAACUGA